AUGGAGAGGGCUUUAAAUUUGGAAUACAAGAAUUUGAUUGAUGAACUCAGUCAAGGCAUGGAAAAUGCUAUGCAACUACGCGUUCAUAUAUGCUCGACUUCUCCUUCAAAAGCUCAGGACUUGCUCCUCCAAGGGAUAAUAUCCACUUUCGAGAAUGCACUGUUGAUUCUCAAGUGGAGUGGGCCCACCGCACAAGCCCAAAAUGGUCCACCAACGCCAGCCGCACCCGAGUCUUCCUUAUCCGCUGGCACGAGUGCCAAAAAUGAGGACGGGAAUAUAAUUUCCACCGUUAGUCGAGAUCAUGAAGAAGCAUCCAAGAAGAGGUAA